UGCACCGCUUUAUUUAUUUUCCCCCUUCUUCGUUUUUUUUUUUCUCUUCUUUUUUUGUUGUUGUUGUUCGACAAUAGAGGCGUCCGUCCAUCAGAAGUAACGUUCGGCCGUUAUUCCCGUUUGCAGAUUCAUUCCAUUUUCCGUGGUCGAAGCAAAAUCGUCCAGUCUUCGUACGAAUUAUUUUAAAAAUCGCGCGCACUCUCUUCCUCCGCUAAUCUCCGCUAGCCACAGUUCGACCAAUAGAACGCGCAUCGAUUCCUCGUUCUGCUCAUUGCGCAGACGCAUACCACGGCGGCGCUGUCAUCGCAUUCGGCAUCAUCAUCAUCCGGUGAGAAAGUAGUGUGCACAAGCAGAAGAAGAAGCGUGUGAGCAAGAGAGCGAGCGAGCAAGCGAGUAUAGAAAAUAAAAGAGAAAGAGAAGGAAAGAGCGAGCAAUAAUAGGUAGGGGAUCAGAGAAGGAAACAAGCACCACCACCAGUCGGCAGCGCUCUUUAUUAUCAUCGUUCAGUCUGCGAAUCGUCGUCGUAAGGUCGUGAGCUCGUGUUGAGGUGCUUUUUUUGAAACAGUAUAAACAAAUUUUUGUAUGAGUCAAAAGGUAGAAAAACCAGUUUUGUCCGGUCAACGCAUCAAGACCAGAAAAAGAGAUGAAAAGGAGAGAUAUGAUCCAUUUGGGUUUAGGGAUGCAAUAAUCUCUGGACUCGAUAAAUGUUCUAACGACUUUGAAGCGAUUUCGCGGUAUCUGGACGGUGCGGGCAACAAAUUAGAUUACCGACGGUAUGGCGAGAGUCUGUUCGAUGUGCUCAUCGCCGGUGGCAUUCUUGUGCCGGGCGGCACGCUAUCGCAGGAGGGCGAAGGUCCGUACCAGACGGACGCAUGCAUCUUCAACAGUCCCGACGACAUCAACAUAGAGGCGAUGAAGAGCUGGGAACAGGUUUUUAUCAAACUGAUGCGCCGAUACAAGUAUCUCGAGAAACUCUUCCAAGACGAGAUCAAGAAGAUCCUCCUGUACGUCAAGUAUUUUUCACCGGUCGAUAGAAAGAAGCUGUCCGUGAUGGUCUCACUGUGGAUCUCGAACGGAAGCGUUCCAUUCAACGCUGUGCUCGCAUUGAACAACGCCCAUCUGGUGAAGGACCAUCUGGCCCUCGAUUUCCUCAUCGACGUGUUCAAGUGGUGGCGUCAGGACAAGGGCGUGAUGUCUUUGCAUUCGGCCAUCAAGAAAUCGAACAUCGAGUCGCAUCUGAUGAGCUUCGUGCCGGACAGCAAGCAAUCGCACACCUACUUCCGCACCGCCUUCCAGGAGAACGGCCUCGACGAGAUACUCAAGCUCUACAACGACCAGCACCAGCAGCAGGCGAAGAAGGAGCUGCAGUCGAUGCUCGCCGACGGUCUGGCCGAGGGCAAGACGCAGCGCGACAUCAUCAUCGAGCUGCGAGACUUUUCCAGCAAGGAAAGCAUCCAGGACCACGAGACGGUCUGCAUCGUGUGGACAACGGUCAUGGAUAUUCCCGAAUGGAACAAGAAAGAGGAACUCGUCACCGAUCAAGCUGUGCGCCACCUGAAGCAGUACACGAGUCUGUUUGCAGAGUUCGCCGAGUCGACCAAAUCCGAGCUGAAUCUUCUGUUGAAAGUGCAGGAGUUCUGCUACGCCAACAUGAUGUUCAUGCGCGCCUUCCAGAAGAUCAUAAUGCUUUUCUACAAGACGGACGUGAUUUCCGAGCAGAUCAUCCUGAAAUGGUACAAGCAGGAUUUCAACGUGAAGGGCAAGAUGAUGUUUGUCGAUCAAAUGAAGAACUUUGUGGAGUGGCUCCAAAAUGCCGAGGAGGAGACCGACUCGGAUGCCAGCAGUGACUAAUUUAACGAUACAUAUUCCUCGAACAA